GUCCUAGACAAGUUCACACUCGACUCGCGCGUCCCUGAUGACAUGAUGGAGAGGUUGUCCUCCAUCGAUUUGAGCCUGGAGGAUGAGGAUGAGGCUUCGCAGAGUCUCAGGCUGGACCAGGCGGUGACAGGUGUGAAAAGCUCCCAUGAUGAGUAUCGCUGUCCGAUAAGUCUCGCCUUGCCUCUCACCGUGUUUGUCAUCAUUGACAGGCUCUUGAAGGAUAUGGAGCUUGAUGCAGACGAUGAGGACAUGGAGGCAUGUGUUGCCUGGAAAUUGGUCGAGCGGUCGCAGCUGGAGGAGCUGGAAGAGGAGCCAGCAGACGAAGCAGCGUUGAUGCAGGCGGUGGAGGUCAGUGAUGACGAGGCCGACGUCAGUGAGUUCCUGGCCGAGUUCAAUGCUCAGCCCAUCGUUGCGAAGGUCCCAAUCGACCCUUUCGAGAAGGAUGCCAGCAAGGAGUUGGAUACCUUCAAGGAGUUGAAGAAUGGCAAGCGCGAUCUUUUCUAUGCACGUGGCAUGCCCAGCAACCAGAUGGUCAUCACACUGAAGGAUCGGCUGAACAUGCUCUCGGAGCAUGCCGCCAAGACGAAUUUGGAGGGCUUUCCGAGCUUCAUGAUUUUUUUGCCGACAAUGGCGAGUGGAGACAGGCAUUUGGAGAAGACGGCAUUUGCGGCUGCCUCUGGGUCGGAGGCUCACGUCAAUGCGAACCGUCCCAUGGCCGCCGAGAGCUGGGUCAAGGACAUGCUGAAUCGUGUCUUCCAGCCCGACAUCUACAGCUACAACACCUUGCUGAAGUGCUACGGCCGGCGCGGUGACUUUCUCAAGGUUGUGCUGGCUGGGCAGAAGAUUUGUUUCACAGAGGCAGAGAAGUGGAUCCGGCGCAUGCGCGCUCGAGGCUACAGCGCUUUGGUGCAGGCGUAUGUGGUUGCGGGUGACAUUGAGGGUGCUGAGCGCGUGUUCGGCGAGAUGGAAGUGACAGACGCAAGCAACACCUUCGCACACAACACGCUGCUGAAAGCCUAUGCUCAGAAGGAGCAGGCCAAAAAAGCAGAAAAGCUCUUCGAAACGAUGGCCAAGCCAGAUGCCACCACGUAUCUGCAGAUGAUCCGGGUGGCAGCAUCCGUCUCUGACCCACAAGGUGCAGCAGAUUGGCUCCGUCGCAUGUCCGAGGCGGGCCUGCAGCCAUGGGUGCCCCAUUUCCACGCCGUCAUGACCGCACAUGCCAAGAUGGGCGAUAUGGAGGGCGCGGAAGCAUGGUUCAGAGUGAUGCUCGACGAGGGCAUGCGACCAGAGCUUGUGAGCUGCAACAUCCUGAUGUCUGCUGCCGCGAACAGUGGCGACACGGCGGGUGCGGAGGGCAUGCUACUCCGAAUGGAAGACCUCCAGCUCAGACCUGAUGUGGUAACGUACAGCACUCUCCUCAGCGCCUUUGCGAAGGCAGGAAAUGCCAUUGGUGCGCGGGACUGGCUGCUGCAAGCGGAGGAGGCGGGCAUUGAGCCAGACCUCAACUGCUACAAGCAGAUCAUCAAGGCUUGCGUCCAGUCCGGCGAUGCCGCGAUGGCCGAGCGAAUGGCCCGGCGUUUGCUGCGAAACCGGCUGACCCCAGAUGUUUACACCUACAACAUGCUCCUGAACGCCCUCGCCAAAGCGGGGAACUGGGCCUCUGCAGAGUUCUGGGUGGACCACAUGCAGCGGGCUGCGAGGUGGAAGCACCACGAGUUCCCUUUGGACCAGAUUAGCGUCGCCUACGCGGAGGUCUUUCUCGCACACGUGGAGGCUGGCGACUUAGAAGGUGCCGAGGCUUGGAUGAUGCAGAUGGUUGGCGAAGGCAUCGAGCCCCAGGCUCGAUGUUACACCGCGCUUGUGCAGAGAUAUCUCGAUCAAGGAGAUCUGGGCAGCGCAAGGCGCUGGCUGGGGCGAAUGAACACUUGGUCGAACCAUCGCGCGCCUGUAAACCUCCUGGAAGCCUUGGAGCCGGAACGGUUGCUGCAAGAGGCUGUGAGCUCCUAG